AUGAAGUAUUUGCUUUCCAACAUUGUGCUUGCUAGCACGACGGCCGCCCUGAUCUCUGGCACGGAGUCCUUCGCCACCAGGAGCCCUUGCGACCAGAUUGCCAGCAAUAUCUCAGGCCAAUUAUAUUACCCAUCUGACCCGAGCGACCAUUUUUCCAACGGCACUGAGCAUUUUCUGAGCUCGUCAACUGAGAUGCCCAUGUGCGUUGUUGAGGUGACAAGUAUCCAAGAUGUUUCACAUGUCCUGAAAAUAGUACGGGCCACUCGCACUCCGUUUGCCGUCAAAUCUGGAGGUCACGCAACCAAUCCGGGGUUUUCGAGCACCACUGGAGUUCUGAUGUCCCUGUCGCAGCUAACCCAGGUGAAUCUCUCCGAAGACAAAAGCACGGUUGAGAUUGGCCUCGGGAAUCGCUGGACCGACGUAUACAACGCCUUGGACGGAUCGGGCGUUAACGCCGUAGGGGGCAGAGUUCCCGGUCCUGGCACGGGAGGCUUCACUUUAGGAGGUGGCUAUUCCUGGUUAACCAAUCAAUUCGGCCUCGCUUGUGACACUGUCAUCUCAUUCAAUCUGGUUCUUCCAAACGGAACAGCUACCGUCGUCGACUGGCGCACUCCGGAUUUGUUCUUUGCUCUCAAGGGAGGCCUGAACCGAUUCGGAGUUGUUACGAGCAUCGUCUACAAAACGGUUCCUCAACCAGAGACUGUUUAUGGGGGAUUUCAGGUCUUCCACUCAUCAGCAGUACCUGUAUUGACGGAGGCAAUACUUAACUUCAAACGUACCACCACAGAGUCCAAGGCUCAGGUUAUUCUCAGUAUUACCGGGGGGCCUGAUUCUCGCGCAGUACUUCUAUCAUUCUACGACGGACCAGGUCGCCCCACCGUUUUCGAUCCUUUUAAUAAUAUCAGCGCCCUAAACAGUACACUUAAGGAUCAAACUUUCGCAUCUUUUGUCAGCUCUAUCCCAACAGGGGGGAGCGGCAAGCGUGGAGCUUUCGCUACCCUUAGCACCUCUGGUUAUACACAAAAAUUCCUAACAGCCGUUGCUAACGAGACUGCAUACUACGGCUGGUUAGGUCAAAACUACUCCGGGGAAUUCUCCUAUGAAAUCCAACCUUUCAUGGAUUACGGUAAACAUGCAACCGAUUCUGCAUAUCCUCACCAGAACUCGCCACUGCCCCUAAACCUAGGAGCAACCUGGAAGUAUGAGGCCGACGACACCUUUUGGCGCGGAAUUAUGCAGCAGUCGAUUGAUUACCUUACGGAGGUGGCCAAGGAGGAAGGUAUCUAUAACUCUGAGAUGUAUGCCUAUCCAAACUACGCCCUGGGAACCUACACAGGAGUACAGCUAUACGGGUUGACCAAUACGGCGCGGCUGCGAGACAUCCAGUCGCAGUACGAUCCGAGCGGUGUCAUGCUGCUAGCCGGGGGGUUUUCACUAUAA